AUGUCGCAGUCUGAAGCCGCACCCUUGGUCGACGCCUCCGAGGGCAAGUACUUGCCCAAAGACCAGAUUGAGUGGGAAUUCGGCGGUCCGGCCGGAGCGUUGGGCAUGAUGAUCGGGUUCCCUCUUUUGAUGGUGUACAUGUGGAUCAGCGCCCAGUUCUACGGCGGCCAGCCCGCAUGGCCUGCGGACGAGCAAACCUGGACCGAUUUUGGCGAGCAGUUGUGGCAGUAUUUCGUGCAGCAUGGUGUUCCGUCGUUGACGGUGGUGGCCGUGUUCACCGUUUUCUUCGUGGUGCAAGGCGUUUUUUACUUGGUGCUCCCAGGCGUCUGGACCAAAGGACAACCCUUGACCCAUUUGGGAGGCAAGCAGUUGCCCUACUACUGCAACGCCGUGUGGUCUUUCUACACCACCAACGUUGUUCUCAUUGGCAUGCAUUUCGCCGGGUACAAGAUGUACUUCAUCAUCGACCAUUUUGGCGAGAUCAUGGUCACCGCCAUUGUGUACGGGCUUGUUUUUUCCAUCGGCUUGUACGUUUACACGCUCACCGUGUCCAAGGACUACCACAGAAUGACAGGCAACCACAUCUACGACUGCUUCAUGGGCGCGCCCUUGAACCCCAGAAUCGGCAAGUACUUGGACAUCAAGAUGUUCUUCGAGGUGAGAAUCCCUUGGUUCACCUUGUACUUCUUGUCCUUGGCCACAGUCUUGAAGCAGUUUGACACCUACGGCCACGCCUCUCCCCAAGCGUGGUUCCUCCUCUACGCACACUGGCUCUACGCCAAUGCCUGCUCCAAGGGCGAGGAAUUGAUUGUGCCCACGUGGGACAUGGCCUACGAGAAGUUUGGGUUCAUGUUGUGUUUCUGGAACAUUGCCGGCGUGCCCUACACGUACUGCCACUGCACCUUGUUUGUGGCCUACCACGACCCUUCGGAGUACCGCUGGUCCACCAUGUACAACGUGUCGUUGUUUGCAGUCUUGACCGUGGCGUACUUCUUCUUCGACACUGGCAACAGACAAAAGAACAGUUUCAGAAGGAUCAUGUCCGGCAACACCAACCUCAGGAAAACCUUUCCUUACUUGCCAUGUUCUGAUCUCGUGAACCCCUCGUACAUCAGGUGCGAGAAUGGGUCCUUGUUGUUGACUGACGGCUGGUACAAGUACGCCCGCAAGGCGCACUACACCGCGGACUACGUCCAGUCGCUCACGUGGGGGCUCAUCUGUGGCUUUGCCUCGCCCUUCCCGUGGUUCUUCCCGGUUUUCUUCUUGAUUGUGUUGGUGCACAGAGCGUACCGAGACCAGCGGAAGUGUGCCCGCAAGUACGGGAAGGACUGGGACAGGUACCUUGAGGCGUGCCCAUACAUGUUCAUCCCGUACGUGUGGUGA